UUCGUAAAAAUGAAAACCGGGAGGAAUUUUAUAAAAAAAUCGUUGUUGAAACUAUUAAAUCGGAGAGGAAUAUCAAAAAGGUUGAAGUUUUAAACUUUUUGGAGCAAAUUAUUGGAAAUAAAAGUAAAUCUAUUUUCAUGGAUGCGAUGAAAAUAAUCAGAGGAAAAGUCCAUCUUAUUCUAUUGGCGGGACAAAUGCCAUAG